AAAGAGGCUGCAAACCCGCUUAGGGAAGGAGAGAUGCUGGAAGCUGCGUGUCAGAGCUUUGCUCCAUCUAGCGCGGGAUUGCCGACACGGGCUGGCAGCGGCUCGCGAUGGUUUCAGGGAUGGGAGCCCUUUUUGCAGUCCUGCUUGGAGGGAUUGAAGCUGUGGCCUUCCGUGCAUACAAAGGAGAUCGUGGAUUCGGAAGGGACCCCGAGGGUCAUCUAGACCAACCCCCCGCAAUUGUAAAGAAGCUUUUGCCAGAAGUGGGGGAAAGAUUUCAGCUUCCAUGUGACCCUUCUUUGGCCAGAGACUUGCCGCUGACUGAGAGGCAACACUCCAUCACAUGUUCCCAGGAACCUUGUUCUUGUGCUGACCCACAAAUUAACAGGGGAAACGUUUUGUCCUUUACACAGAAGACGACUGAGGGACAUCUCCCUGUGAGUGAAAAUGGCUGCAGAGCAGGGAGCAGAAAUCCCAGCAGCCUCUCUGGGUCUCCAGCUCCAGUUGGCACCAGAGGCCAGUGUGAAGCCAGGAAUUAAAACGGAGCAGGCGGAAUUGGGAAGGUUGGCACCAGAGAUGGCACUGGAAGGGACUGUCUGUCUUGGGGGCACAGAGGGACUGCAUCCGAGCCAGACGGAGCCACAACGUAUCAAAGAGGAGCCGGGAGAGGAGCUCUCGUCCCGGCAAUGGGAAGCCCAGUGGCAGGAAUUCCUCCGGACUGUGCAGGCCCCACACUCUGGGGGAGAAGGAAGCCCACAGCUCCUAGGGGAUGGGGCAUGGGGCGAGGCAAAGCCUUCUGGGUCCUCCUUUGAGGGAGCAGCCAUUCCCAGCCAGUGGGCUGGAGCAGGAGACAGCAAGACCAGUCUCCCUCCAGGAACAGCUCAACCGGUCACUUCCAGACCAGCCGCUGCCAGCCAGGGAAACAUCGGGCAAGCGAAGGAAAUCAAGAUGGAGGACGUCAGCAGCUCUGAGGCUCAUCGCCAGCUCUUCAGGCAGCUCUGCUACCAGGACGCCCAGGGCCCUCGCGAGGUCUACGGCCUCUUGAGGGAGCUUUGCCAUCAGUGGCUGAGGCCAGAGAAGCACACCAAGGAGCAGAUCCUGGACCUGGUGAUCCUGGAGCAGUUCCUGGCUGUCCUGCCCUUGGAAAUGGGGAGCUGGGUGAAGGAGCGAGGCUCAGAGGGCUGCGUCCUGGCCCUGGCCGAGGAAUUCCUCCUGAGGCACCAGGAGGCGGAGAAAGUGGGACAGCAGGGACUGGGUGCCAUUGAAGAAGGGGCAGUGUGCACUUCCAAAGAAGAACAUUCCUUGCUGGAUCCGGGCCGAAGACUUGAGCCCAGGGAAGUCCUGCAGAAUUAUGAAAACAAGGCCCCUUUGGAUUGCUGGCAGGUAGAUGAACGCCAAGAGGGAAACCCCCCACUUGAGAGAGCCAUGGAAGGGGCGACUUUGCAGAGCUGUGUCCAAAGGAGAACAGCGGAGAAGACACCUUCCUGGGGCGAGGAGCGGGAAGAGACUUCCGAGCAUCAGCCGAGACCAAGAAAGCAGCAGAGGAACCGCCCCAAGAACAGGCUGAGCAAGUCCAUCUCUUGCGCCGUCCACCUUCUGCAGCACCCGUGGACCCAAGAGGCCACGAAACUGCACCGGUGCUCUUACUGCGGGAAGAACUUUGACGGCCCGUCGCACCUAAUCAUCCACGAGAGGAAGCACACCGGGGAGAAGCCCUAUAGCUGUGCCACAUGCGGGAAGAGCUUCAGCCGCAAUUGGAGCCUGGUCAUGCACGUGAUGACCCACACAGGCGAGAAGCCCUACAAGUGCUCAGCCUGCGGGAAAGGCUUCCGGCAGAAGUCCGCCCUCACCAUCCACCAGAGAACCCACACGGGGGAGAAGCCCUACAAGUGCUCAGCCUGCGGGAAAAGCUACAUGUGCAACUCGCGCCUCGUCGCGCACGGCAAGAAGCACUCCAAGGAGAAGCCCUAACAGUGUCCCUCGUAUGGGAAGAGCUUCCGCUGCAACUCCCAGCUCGUCCAGCACCAGGGGGUCCACACGGAGGGGAAGCCGUAGAAGCGCUCUUGUCUGCGGGAAGAGCUCCAGCUACAAGUCAGACCUUCUCUGACAUAAGAGAACCCACCGUUAGAGGGGGGAUUUCUUCUGGUGGCGGACGACAGAACCAUGAGACCGGUGUAAAACACUCAAACAAAGGUUUUAUUACAGCUAUACAAAACAACAAACACAAAGCAUGUUGGGGUUAUCUCUCUGCAGGCAAAUUCAAACUGCAAUUUCUCCUCUUUUUAUACUCAUCACCAGCUGUACCUAACCAGCCUAGAAAACCACUCACAGAAACAGUUCUUAAAGUUACAAUCAUUUUUUCUGUAUGACUCCUAACACCCCCCUCUCAUUCAAACAGAUACAGAAAAAAAACAGUACUUUAAACAUAUACAAAACAUAUUUAUACAUCAUGCACAACAAUUCCUAAUUUUGCCACUAGCUGUGCAUGUUUCACAAAGUUAGUGCUUUCGUAAAUAUAUCAGCCACAUUUUAUAUGCUCUCACAGUAUUUCAGCAUUAUCAGGUUUUGUUUAACAUUUUCAUUUACAUUCUGAUCUUUAAUCUCCAAAUGUUUUGAUUUGUUUUGUUGAACUGCUCAGACCCAGACAAAGUUAUUACAGCUUGAUUUUCUUCCCAUAUUUGAACUGGAUAAUCACAUUGUAUAUCUAAAUAAUUGAGGAUUUGAACGUAAUAUUUUAUUUCAUUACACAACUCCGAUAAAGCACAGUAUUUAGCCUCUGUUGAAGACGUGGUCUCGAUUCCUUGCUCUUUGGACUUCCAACCUAUCAAGGAAUCCCCAAAUUGAAACACCAUGCUGGAAAUGGAUUUUCUAUCAGGCAGGUUGGCCCAAUCGCUGUCAAUGUAACACUGCAAUUUUGUAGACCCUGAAGAUGGUAAUCUUAAACAAUAAUCAAGUGUAAGUUUUAGAUACCAGAAAAUACGUUUUAAACCCUUCCAGGCAUUUUCUGUGGGGUAGCUUACUAGUCUGCUCAGUAUUCCAACUGUAUAACUCAAAUCUAGUCUGUUCCACAAUGAAAUGUAUAAUAAACUUCCAACUAUUGAAUGGUACAUUUCAGGA